AUGGAGCUGAUCAAAGGUAUCCCCGAUGAAUCGUACCAACACCUCGUUGGUUAUAGUCAUAUGCUUGGUUUUCGUAACAAGGGUAUUGUUACCGAGAUUGUAACUGAUUCGGAUGAUUCUUUUCUAUAUUAUUUCUUUGCUUUUGGAGUAUGUAUUGAAGGAUUCAAAAACUGUUUCAGAUACGCAUUUGCGGUUGAUGGUACACAUCUUACAGGGCCACGCCAAGGUGUUUUACUGUCAGCCGUUGGAAUUGAUCCCGAUGAGUCGAUCUAUCCUAUGGAUUUUGCUGUUGUUGAUUCAGAGAAUAAUGAAUCUUGGGAAUGGUUUAUGAGAAAGUUAGACGAAGUACUUGGCGAUAAGUAUGCUAUGAAUGAAGAUGUUGUUGUGGCACAACAGGCAUCAACCGAUCGUGUUGCUUAUCAGACUGUAGCUCUUUAUAUGUACGUAUCUAGACAGAGUUAUGAAGUCAGUCUUGUAAUGUUUGACCUUGCAGAAAACAUCAAACAACCUACCACACCGCCGCGGCUUCGGUGGCAUUUACAAGCUGCAAAAGCAUUUAGCAAUGAUGAGUAUGAACUUGCUAUGAGAGACCUGGGUUUAGCGAGCCCCGCUGCUUUAAAAUCUGUAGUGGAUCUUGGACCGGAAAUGUGGGCCAGGGGAGUUAUGUCCCAUGAGGAAUGGUAUGAAGCGAUUGAAGAAGGUCGUAGAUUAAGAAAGGAAACAGCUGAGUUGGGUUUUCCAGUUACGCCGUUGCCACCUCUUGGAUAUCUAUUACACCAUACAUACAAUGAUCUGGUCAAAUGUGUUAAUUCUAUAAGAGCUGAGAAUAACGCACUUAAUAGGAGAUUGAUUAAUCGGAAGAAGUAUUCUGCUCGACAAGGGACUAAUAUGUAA